AUGAUCUAUAGUCUAAGAAUACUACUGGUUGUCGCCACAAUUGUGUCAACCGCUCUGGCAAACUUCACGAUCUAUAUCGCGAAAGCCAACGAGAUCACAGACGCCGGCGUGACUUUCAGCUCCACAGAACUACAAGUUCAUAAGCACGCGCCGCUUAGCUGCUCUGACAUGGGCCACGUGAUUCCUAUUUCUGCAAGCACCAUCAACGAUGCAAGCAAGGGUAGAUGGGCGUGUGAUGGAUGUAACGCAAACGCGCCUAGAGAUUGGAUCAUCAGCCGCUUCGAAAUGUACAACCGAAAAAACGCCAUUGGUCGUUCCACCGACCACCCUUUCCCUUUAUUCAACAGGGCCACAGGAGCCGUUACUUUAUAUGGAACAGGAAAUGGGAACUAUGACAUGAGGGACAUUAACAACACCUUCCUUGGGACUUGUAACCGUCCGCGCCACCCACAGGAGAUGGACUGCUGGCAGCUUAUCUCGGCCACCUUUCUCACGCACGUAUUUACUUGUACUAGCGACCUCGUCCCGAAUGAGGGGCUCUGGAUAUGA